CCCUGCUCAACGUUGACAUUGCUUUUCAAGAUGGCCGCGGCCACUGCAUGCCGCCUUGCCGCAGUUUGCAGACAAUUUCAAAGCGUUGUUAAAAUAUCUUUCCCAAACAAAGCACAAUAUUCAUCGCAUACUUUGGUUAACUAUCAUUCCUGCUUACAAAGGCAAAAUUACAAUCUUUUUCGAUUCAGCCGUCCUGAACAUGCUCGUCUUCUACACACAUCCGCUAGCAGAUGGGGCCUUGAGGAAUUCUUUGACCUGCCUGAAAACUGGGGAGAGACUACAGUUAAAUCAGGUUCUCCAUGGACAGUCAAACAGCUUAGAGCGAAGAGUAACGAAGAUUUGCACAAGCUGUGGUAUGUUCUUCUAAAGGAAAAGAAUAUGUUGCAUACUAUAGAACAAGAGGCGAAACGGCAGUGUGUCCAAAUGCCUAGUCCAGAACGCAUUAAGAAGGUGGAAAGAUCUAUGCGGAGGCUUGACGUUGUUGUGAGAGAGCGAGAAGACUCUCUCCGUUUACUACAGACAGGACAAGAAAAGGGCAGACCUGGAGAAUGGAGGAGAAACAUUUUUGGCAAAACGUUCUGGUACCGUUUUAGAGAACAUCCUAUCCCCUGGUACAUGAACAGGCUCUACAAGAGGAAACGUUUCUAUACACCAUCAUUUGUCGCCCCAUACACACGGCUAAGUCUUGAGAAACACCUGAGGAGUAAAGCAAGAAGAGAAAGGAAAGAGAAACAAAAUCAGAAGAAACUGACUGAGGUUUUCUCCAAAAAGACUGCACAAGCAUGAGCUGGCCAAGACUAAAAGUCAAUUUUUGCUAAAUAUGUGAACCCAUUAUUUCAUGUGUGGAUUGAUCCCUGGCUUUUUAUAGUGGUGUUACAUUAUUACUGCAGAUACAAAGUCUUACUGCAGGUUGCAGCACUGUAAUUCAGUCAGGACUUGGUCUGAGUAAAGCAUUGAGGAUGGAUUGCAUAUGUAGAAGAUGUCUGUGUACUGAAUGCUACAUGAAAACUGAAAUACAUCUGAGUAAUUCUCACUUAUUUAA